AUGAUUUACGACCCCGAACCGCUGGAGCUACCAGCUUCCUACGAAAAACUUCCUACGACCGGCCAUGUCGUCGUCUCGCACCAUCCACCGGGCUCUCCGACUGUGACGCCCGUCGUGGUGGUGACACUGAACCGACCCGCUAACCACAAUGCCUUCACUGGACAGAUGGUCUUGGACUUCGAGAAGCUUUUCCCCUUGUUUGAUGUGGAUGAGCGUGUCAAGGUCGUCGUGUUGACCGGCGCGGGCAAGAACUUUUGUGCUGGUGCUGACCUGGACAUUGGCUUUCGCAGCCACAUCGACAAGCAGGCUUCGGAUCACCGUGAUGGGGGAGGACGCGUUGCCCUUGCUAUCCACCGCUGCCGCAAGCCAACCAUCGCAGCCAUGCAAGGCUCUGCUGUGGGUGUAGGUAUGACGAUGACUCUUCCUGCUGUCAUUCGGGUCGCGUACGAAAAGGGUAAAUACGGCUUCGUCUUCGGACGUCGCGGUAUUGUCUUGGAGUCCUGUUCCUCCUACUUCCUGCCUCGGCUAGUCGGUUUUUCCAACGCGAACUAUCUUGUCGGUACCGGAGGCGUGUUCCCGCCUACUUCCAAGCAUUUCGGCGAUCUGUUCAACGAGAUCAUCCCUGAUGCAUCCAAGGUUUUGCCUCGAGCCCUCGAGCUUGCCACCGAGAUUGCUGAGAAUGUCAGUCCGACCUCCUCAUAUCUCAACCGAGCACUCAUGUGGCGAAACCCCGGCACCGCGGAGGAGGCACAUCUUUUGGAAUCGAAGAUCAUCUACCACUCAUUCAAAUCUGAGGACCAAACGGAAGGUGUCAAGGCUUUCUUCGAGAAGCGCAAGCCUAAUUUUCGUGCCAAUCUCGAUAACAAUCCUCCUGCCGGUGUGCCCUGGUGGACAGAGGUCGACACCGGCCGCAAUCCCAAGGUCAAGGCGUCCUCCAAGCUGUAG